CGAUGAGAUUUAUGAUUUCGUUUCGAUACAUAUAAAAAUCAUAUCAUUGGACAUUGAACUAGAAAAAACAAAUCUCUUCAAAAAUGAUUAGCAAAAUUACGAAAAAACCCAAAUUGAAGCAGCCAGCCACAGCGAUUUCAAAAUCAUCCACAUUGGCUUCAGCUCCAGAAGAUCCAAAACAAAUUUUUAGCACCGUCUUCGAGGUCUUUGGGACUGUUCAAGGUGUCUAUUUUCGCAAGCACACUCAAUCGAAGGCCAAACAAUUGGGAAUUAAUGGCUGGUGCAUGAAUACCAAACAGGGCACAGUCAAGGGUGUCAUCGAAGGCAAUUUAGACAAGCUAAACGAAAUGAGACAUUGGCUGCAACACAAGGGAAGUCCUCGUUCCAUAAUCGAAAAAGCUGUCUUUUCUACUAAUGAACCUCUGCCGAUCCAUAAUUUUGGUACCUUUACCAUAAGGCGUUAAGAGUAUCGAAAGAAAUGCUAAAUUUUUCUUCCGAGUUCCUUAAAAAAUUUCCCAAUGCGUCUUCAUAAAAACCAAUCCUGAAUGCUAAUGAUAUGAAAAAUUAUUGAAAAUGUUUCC